UCCGCAGCAAGUUUUAAAAAACCUGAUUAAGGAUGACGAUUUUUCCAAAUUUAUUGUUAUAAUAUAUUCAGAGUAUUUUGUUAAUUGCAUCCAGUCUUCAAAUCAAUGCGCGCGGUCUAUUAUCUAGACCAAAGAAAACCGAUAUUCUGACUUUAACAUGCUACAAAGUUGCUGUUGGGCACAAGUGAUUUUUUAAAUUUACCCCUUAAAAAUGUACUACUGUGUAUUAUUUUUGUGCAUUUUUGUAAUUGUGCCAUCUGAAGCAGAUAUAAAGUCUUCAGUUUCAGAUGCAGACUACAAUGAAAUGCCCCUCUUGUUCCACGUGGACGACUAUGAUCGUUGCAUGGCAUUGAAACAAAAAGCUCUAUACUGCUCUGUUACGAUACAACUGAGUCCUUUCCACACGAAUCACUCGAAAGUUUGGAAAACAAUAGAGAAAGUCAUCAGUAAUGAAAAAUAUUAUCGCCACGAUAGGCUUCGGCACAUGAUAUGUGUACGUCAGUUCUGCCCGUCGACAUCCAAAAAGAUUUCCAUUUUAAAACAUGACGAAACUUCGUUAAAAGAUGAAAUAUCCGAAUGCUAUAGCGAUAAAUACGCACAUUUAGACCUAAACGGAUCGGUGACGCAAAUACGAUGCGAAACGGAUCAGCCUCGUUAUAGUCUCGACUUGCUCGACAUUUGUAUAGCGGCACUCUAUGGAGUGAUUUUAUUGUUUUUAAUAAUUGGAACUGUUUACGAAGGAACUGCCAGGUUAAAAACUAAAGAAGAAUAUGAAGCUCUUACUACAUCUACAUGUGGAUCUAUAAUCUCUUGCUUCUCCCUUAUCAAAAACUGGAAAAGACUCGCGGGCAAAUCCACCAAUGUUGAUGUAAGACCACUGAAAUGUAUGAACGGGCUACGAACUUGCAAUAUAAUGGCAGUCAUACUCUCACAUACAUUCAUCUUAUCGCUCGCAGUUCCAAGUGUGAACCCUACGUUUUUGGAAACGGCCUCCGAAAAACCAGUCUACAUGCUUGUGAUGAAUGGAACGGUAGUUAUACAAACUUACUUUGUAAUGGCCGGAUGGCUUUUGUCUUACAACUUUUUCAAAAUCUUCGAAAAAGAGAAACGACUGAAGAUAUCCUACAUUAUUCUUGCUUUUGUGCAACGAUACAUCAGAUUAACUCCUUGUUUGGCACUAGUCAUAGCGUUUAACGCAACUUGGUUGUAUCACCUUGGUAGCGGGCCAUUUUGGGAUAAGAUUGUUGGUGACGAGUAUCGAAAUUGUCGAAACAAUUGGUGGGUAAACCUUUUAUAUAUCAACAAUUAUUACGACUUCCAAAAUACGUGCAUGCUCCACACAUGGUAUUUAGGAGCAGAUACUCAACUAUUUAUACUAGCUUUAUUAGUAAUGGCUUUAAUAUGGAAAUGUAAAAAAUACUUGAAAGUAAUUUUUGGAACCUGCCUGAUUGUGAGUUUCAUAGUUCCUGGUGUCGUUAACUAUAUUUAUGACUAUGAUAUUAUCGUUCGGUACUACCCAGAGCCACUUUACAGAAUAGUACUGCACGUUAACGAAUUUCGACUGAUGUACAUCACUGCACAUACAAAUAUCGGUGGUUACGUCAUUGGCAUGAUAUUUGGGUACAUAUACUACGCAUAUAAAGACAUAAACGUCUUUAAUAAAAGGUUCUAUCAACUGUUGUGGUGGCUAUUUAUUUGGGGAGUACCACUGACGGUUAUCUUCAUUGCCCAUUCAUUUUACCAAGAAACUUAUGUGCCCUCUAGGAUAGGAGCGGCGAUAUACACGACGGUGGGAAGAAACUUCUUUGCAUUGGCCAUUGCGCUGGCAACGUUUGGAGUUACUCAAAAAAUUGGAUGGUUCUUGCGCAGUUGCAUUGUAUGGUCACCGUUCCAAAUAAUGGGACGCAUAACCUACUGCGUUUAUUUGGUUCAUUUGAGCUUAAUACGUAUACGCAUAGGUCAAGGUAGAACUCCAGUGUAUUCCUCGGUUUACACACUGUUGACCAGCACGUUAACAGACAUAUUUAUGUCAUUCAUAUUUGGUCUAUUCCUGUGCCUCUUUGUGGAGUUACCUACAUCAGCACUUCAAAAGCUAAUGUUACCCGAAAUGAAAAACAAAGUCGAUCGGAAUGCACAAAAACAAAAAAAUAUAUCCAUUGCCAUAAUUAGCAACAACGAUCACCAAAUUUCGAAAAUGUGAAUUAUUCGGAAGAUACGAAGUACCUAAUCCAUUCUCACCAAAAAUGUUCCAUGCGUUCUGUAAUAAUUGUUUAUUGCAAUAUAGUUUUUUAUUAA